GAGCGCCGCGGAGGCCGGAAAGARGAGCUGAUGCGUUCCCUGUGAACCCAGGCCAUGUUCUGAGCACCUUUUCCAGGCCCCUUCGGAGAGUGGGGUGUCUCCAUUUGCAGCUUUCCAGGGAUUUGCCCUCCUUUCAUCCUUGGUGAGCCGCUUGAACCAUGGCAAGUCCAAGGACAAGGAAAGUUCUUAAGGAAGUCAGAGCACAAGAUGAGAACAAUGUGUGUUUUGAAUGUGGUGCAUUUAACCCCCAGUGGGUGAGUGUGACCUAUGGAAUCUGGAUCUGCCUUGAAUGCUCAGGAAAACAUCGUGGCUUGGGAGUCCACCUCAGUUUUGUGCGCUCUGUGACUAUGGACAAAUGGAAAGAUAUUGAGCUGGAGAAAAUGAAGGCUGGAGGUAACAGCAAAUUUCGAGAGUUCUUGGAGUCUCAAGAUGACUACAAUCCUUCUUGGUCAUUGCAAGAGAAAUACAACAGCAAAGCUGCAGCUCUUUUUAGAGAUCAGGUAGCAACUGUAGCUGAAGGCAAGGAGUGGUCCCUUGAAACAUCUCCUGCAAAGAACUGGACACCACCACAGCCCAAAACGUCCCUCUCGUCGACUCAUCGUACUUCUGCUGGACAAUCUCAGACUGCAACUGCCUCAUCAGACAAAGCAUUYGAAGACUGGUUAAAUGAUGAUGUCAACUCCUAUCAAGGUGGCCAAGAGAAUCGCUACGUGGGGUUUGGGAACACAGUAACACCUCCAAAAAAGGAAGAUGACUUCCUGAAUAAUGCCAUGUCAUCACUGUACUCGGGAUGGAGCAGUUUUACAACUGGAGCUAGCAAGAUUGCUUCAGCUGCUAAAGAGGGUGCUACCAGAUUUGGAUCUCAAGCAAGUCAAAAGUUUUGGGGCUACAAGCAGCAGCCAGAGCCGGCAUCAGAGUUAGGUCAGACAUUAAAUGAAAAUGUUCUCAAACCUGCACAGGAAAAGGUGAAAGAGGGGAAAAUUUUUGAGGAGGUCACCGUGGGGGUGUCACAGUUGGCCAGCAAGGUUCAGGGAGUUGGAAGUAAGGGCUGGCGAGAUGUCACCACCUUCUUUUCUAGCAAACCAGAUGAUAAUGCUGAAAGACCAGCUGAAGGAGACAGUUACCAGAACAGCGGAGGGGAGGGCUACCAGAACAGCGCUGUAGAUCAAAGCUUCUGGGAGACCUUUGGCAACUCAGACCCACCGAAAGCUCAUAAAUCCCCGAGCAGYGAGAGCUGGACGUACGUGGACAAUUCCACAGAGAAGAAGAGCUCCGACAGCUGGGACGUGUGGGGUUCAGGAACAGUCUCCAACAACAAGAACAGUAACAGCGACAGCUGGGAAAAUUGGGAGACCAACUGGGAAAACGCAGGAGGGGAGAGCAAGACCAAAAAACCUCCCAAGGCACCGAAAAAGGCGUCCUCAGCUGAUGAGCGGUGGGAUGACUGGUAGAACUGGUAGAACUCUGUUAACCCUGUUUUGCACAGCUAGGGGAGGGAGGUUACGCUGGCUGAUCGAGGGGAGACAGUUUCACACACAAUUGGAUUAUCUUGGUUGACCUUACUGAUCUGUUAAUUUUGUGCUUCCUUCCCAUUCAUUCUCCUUUCUUCUCUCUUAGGGGAAAAAACAGUGUCUGAAUCUUGUUAUUACAUCGAGAUGACUCUCCCAUUUUUCAAGAUAAUCUCCUUGCACAAUUGAAGCCGAGCGCAGUAACAAUCUUGACAGGGUGUUCRCAGGAUAAGAAGUGCAAGCACAUUUUCAUGGCACAAUCUUGCAUGUGUAGUUUUAUAGGUCUUCAUACCGUCUCCAUGUGACAUGAGAUGAUCUGAAGUGUUUAAUGCAAGCAGAGGAGAGAGUGUAUCUUAAAAAGAGCCAUUAAACAAGCAAAUUGCAAUUGCGUAGUUCUAGUUCAAAUGCCUUAUGGAUUGCUGGGACCACAUUAAGUCUGGCAAUUCAAAAUGGUCUUCUGAGAUACUUUUUAUUGGAGAUGUGUUUUUAAAACUUUGAGAUGUGAAGACUUUUAAAACUUCUCUUCCCUUAGGAUUAAUAAAGAAUCUAGACCUAGAUAGUUACUUGUAUAAAUUCGUUGUUUUGGCAGCGUGAGCUACCAAGGGAUCUUUAGAAAGGCUCUGCUUGUCCUUCCUACUCAUUUGGAUAAGAGUUUACACAGUGCAGAUUUUCUACACAUAUAACGUAAAGCUGUGAUGGUGUCCUUCCUUUUCUGCACUCCUCCCCCAAUUUGAGUAUUAGCAGAGUCUGCCUCUUCUUUUCUGUCUGAUUUUAUAUAUAUUUUUUUUUGCUUCAACCUUCUAUUCUGAACAAAAAGGUCCUUUUUUUCUGCUGCUUAUGGCCUAUUGGACACAUAUUUGGCAACUUGGCAGUGAAAAAAAUGUUAAAAAAUAGAUAAAACAGGUGGAGAAUAUGAGAACACUGAGGAACGAGGCUGGCAGGAAGCCCCUUUCCAGAUGAGAUGAUGUCUGGCAUCCUGGCUGCUGGGAAGAGCCUAGGGAAGAGACAAAGGCAGGAGAGGCUGAAGUUUUACAGGCUGCUUGUAGUACUGUUGGGCAGGAGCUUGAGCCUGGCUGUAAAACAGGGAAUUUCUUCCAUGUCUCCUCUGUCCCACGUAGACCUUUGUCGUAGCUUGACUGUGUGUCAAACAUGCAACUCUAUUUUCAUGCAUACACUUCUGUUGCCUUAUUCUUCCAUAUAUAUAUAUAUUUGUGGACCUGUAGUGCUCUGUGCGAAGUGAUGCUGCCAGCCUGGGCUCUGUGGAGAUGCCAACGUGGUGCCUCUGGCUACCGAGGGGCCAUGAAGCUGCUCCAGCUCCCUCUGCACAAAAUUACAACAGUUUCUCUUUCAUAAACCUCCAGCAGUAGCUCAUAGAGGGAUAAAUUUCAUUUUAGCUCCAUUGAAUCAUCGAUACUGUGAUGUGUAUUCAUACAUUCUCCUCCACUGUGUCUCUUGCCUAGGAGAAAACUGGUUUACUUGUGUAUCACUUGCACCAAUUGGCAUAAGCCAUUUGUCUGUCAGGUGUUUUUUGUUUUUUGCGUUUUGUUUUUGAACCUUUAUGUUCUAAAUUAAACAGCCAGAGUCCUACCAAGGCAAAGUUUUGGAAUACUGUUUUUUUUUUUCUUUCUUCCAGUUGAAUAGAAAGUGACAGAAAAGCUGUUUUCUCUAUGCGUGCCUGUAGAGAUACAAAGCUAGACUGCAACUCCUAUAAAAGAAGGUAUUAGUAAAGAUACUAUAAGAACUAGCAGAAAUUAGAGCUGCAGGAGCAAUGCUACCAGGCUGAGUGGUCUGUUUGACAGGUGAAUCAACAUCUGUCACUUAAAUCUGAAUAAUUUACU